CAGACGCGUCUCCGAUAUCACGAACUAACAUACAUUUCAGUAUCUACAUAACGUUUUAUUUGCCUGAAAUAUAUACGUAAAUAUAAGUAUAUGAUUGGAUACGGGAAUAUCGCUUCCCCAAAUUGACUUUCGUAUUUACGGCACCAAUUCCUGGGUCUCGUAAGUGGUUUGAGUGUGGAAGCUUUGAGAACUAUUCGUAAUAUCACGUUAUCUAAUGAUGAUUGAAGUAUAACAUCUUUUCGGACAGUGUUAUGUAGGCGGGGAAGCGGUAGGUACUAUAGGUACGUACCGCGUGAAUGGACGGGCGCAAGAUCGAUAUAGCGGAGUGCGCAGGUCCGUUUGGCUUCGGAACCCAGCUGGUGGCAUUGCAUCCUGCCGCGAAGACCGAUCUAAAACCCGCGUCUCAGUGACUAUCGAGGGACACAAGUGAUCUAUUUCAAAACGGAAAUGUUCCGGUUUUAUUGGCGGUUCUAAACGAUGUAAUGGGCCGAAUGUGUUGGCGGGAGGCUCUGUGGGCGCUGGCGUUGUUUAGUACGCUGGCGCCCUCGCAUGCCGAUGGGAACAUAGGUUGCUUGUUCAGCUCGUCUCUCUGCAUAGAGGGAGUGGAGUGGUGUUAUGACGACUUUGCAUUCGGGAAGUGCAUUCCUGUCUACGAAAGUGAACCCGAAGAAGGGGCCCUUUACCGAUAUGACAUGAGCUCGUCGCAGCUGCAGUGGUUUGAAAGGGAACUGCAGCAGCUGGCAACACGUGGAUACCGAUGGGAGCAUGCGUACACACAGUGCGUGCUACAAAGCAUGCUGUAUGCACUUCGUCGGCAUUUGAAUCCGGCUAACGUGAAUUCUAAAUUAUGUGACCAUUUCACUGAUCCCAAGCUAAAUACUGCACCGCCAGGAGAAGGCGACGAAACCAUUGAAAUUGAUCCCGACGAGACAGCCUAUGUACGAUUCACGCCAAACUCACAACUAGCAGACUCCGAUUAUGCAAAUGAGGUAUACAAUCCUCCUUUCACACCAGAAGAAGACCCAUCAACGUAUUUAGCACAAGGAGAAGUGCCAGUUGUUAAUGAUGAUCUGGAAGCCGGAGAUACUCCGAGUGACAAAUUACGGGACUUGAUGCUUAUGACUGGUAUUGAAGAAUCGCCAGUUAUUAUGCCUUUUGAAGGCUUUAGAGAACGCAUACAAGCAGAACAAAUGGCAAGGGAUGCUAUAGAUUCAGUUCCUAGUGAAUUUGUUGAUAAAGAAAAAAAGUCUCUAGCAGAGACGAAGAUUGAACGGCCUAGUAGCGAUAAUGAUUUGAAGGAUGAAGAACGAUUAGGAGCUCAUUUUAGGCAGUUUAAAACCAAACCCCUGCCAAACACCGCUGAAUACAUUGUUAGCAAUCAAUUCUCACCUUUGGAUGCCGAGGUGCGCUCAAAUGCUUUAGAGAAGUACAAACAAAGUUUUGCUGAAAAGAAUUUUCCUUUCGAAUAUGAAAACCCAGGUGAUAUUCAAGAACAAAGAGUUUAUUAUGAAGAGGACGGUGCUGAUGAGUUCCCUAUUGAUGCUGGCAGUGGGGAUUUAGAUUCCUAUCAUGGAAAAGAUUCUAAUACCAAACUACGAAAUCCUAAGUAUAGAGAAUAUUUGAUGAACUAUUGGCGUGACAUAACCGCAGCCCGACUAAAUGCAAAAGAAAAUCUGUAUGCUGAAGGAGGUCCUUUAAAACCUGACGAACUUCAGGGUGAAAAUACAAAUUUUUAUUUAUCGGAAGAUUUUCAAGAUUUACUUAAUAGAGAAUGGGGCUUUAAGCGUAGGGAAAGAGAUGAUGUUAAAAAGCCUGGUCCGCGUCUGGACGCGAAAACUUUAAUGAUAUUAUACAACAAUAAAUCAGGGACAGCACGAAAAUCCAAUCAACAGCAUUCGAACAAACCAAAUCAUAACCACAACGAUUAUGACUAUGACCCGUCGUACACAUUCGUCACUUUCCAUAAUAGGUUCCUUACAGACUGGGCGACGGGCAUGUCUUUUAUCGAAAGACUUGAACAGAUGCUGGGCUUAGAGAAAAAUACUUUUACCAAUCCUCGGGUCGACCCAUACGAAGUGACUUUUAAAGUAGAAAAAAAUAGUAAGGGAUACGAUGCUGCCGAAGUGGGAAAGAGGAUCGAUGCAAUCAAAGACCAAGUUAGAGUAGAAACAGGAGCACAAAUCGAUACUAUUGGCAUCGGAGAUAGGAGUAAACAUCCGGUCAUAAGCCACCCGAUCGUUCAAGAACCUCGAUUCUUCGGAUUGUCAUUACCAGUUCUUUUUGCUCUCAUUGGAAGUAUGUCUGUGCUUAUCGUUGGUGCGGUGAUUGUUGCGGUAAUGUUGAGACAUGACAUAGUUGGAUCUAAACGGAAGAUGCAAGGACUAUCUUCAGCUGCCGAAAUAGAUGCAGAAGCCACCAGAGAUUAUCAGCAGACGACAGCUGCCCCUUCGCACACAGCCGAACCACCGCAACGUAUCACGUCACUCUCUCGAGAACCUGAUGGAAACUCGCCGUCUACUCGCUCCAGCACUUCUUCAUGGAGUGAGGAACCGGCCCUUACUAAUAUGGAUAUAUCGACUGGACACAUGGUUUUAGCAUACAUGGAAGACCAUCUCCGCAAUAAGGACCGUCUUGAGCAAGAGUGGCGAGCUCUAUGCGCCUAUGAGGCUGAACCAUGUGCCACUAAUGCUGCAUUAAAGCCAGACAAUAAUGGGAAGAAUCGCUACGCUGACAUGUUGCCCUACGACCAUUCGAGGGUCACACUUAAUAUGCUGUCCAACCAUCUCGGAUCUGAUUAUAUUAAUGCGUCUACCAUCACCGACCACGAUCCUCGUAAUCCUGCAUAUAUCGCCGCUACUGGUCCUCUUGCGCACACAACCCCUGACUUCUGGCAGUUGGUCUGGGAACAAGGAAGUGUCGUGAUGGUCAUGCUUACUCGCCUCACUGAGAACGGCCAGCAACUUUGCCACCGAUAUUGGCCAGAAGAGGGAUCUGAACUGUACCACAUCUACGAGGUGCAUCUAGUCAGCGAGCAUAUCUGGUGUGACGACUACUUGGUACGCAGCUUUUACCUGAAGAACCAACGCACAGGCGAAACCCGAACCGUUACCCAAUUCCAUUUCCUAUCCUGGCCAGAGAACGGCGUGCCAUCUUCUACCAAGGCUUUGCUUGAAUUUAGGAGGAAAGUGAAUAAAUCGUAUCGUGGAAGGUCUUGUCCGAUUGUCGUCCAUUGCAGUGAUGGAGCCGGCCGCACAGGCACGUAUUGUCUCAUCGACAUGGUGCUGAACCGCAUGGCCAAGGGCGCUAAAGAGAUUGACAUCGCCGCAACCCUGGAGCACAUCCGUGACCAACGACCACGCACCGUCGCGACAAAACAGCAGUUCGAGUUCGUACUGAUGGCUGUUGCUGAGGAGGUACACGCAAUACUAAAAGCGUUACCUGCGCAUUUGCAACAACUGCAAGAGAAGAAAGAAAAGGAGAAAGAAAAGGAAAAGGAGGGCUCUGAAAAGGAAAAACCAAAUUAAACGCUCGCUUUCGCCAACAUGACUUUGUUACUUCGGAUAGAUUAGUGUCGGCUUCACUGAAGCAAAUUACGCAUCAAAACUAAAAAUGGCAAAAAAAAUAUUUCACACAAAUUUUAAAACGAAUAAAAUAUUCGUUUUCCUAAUAAGAACCAAAGGUAUAGAGCUGACACUGAUAUGACUCCGAAAAAAAAAACGUUACAUUAUAAUCUUAUUAAUACUAUACUAGUCGUUCAAACAUUUUUAUUCGGUCCAAGUUGAGACCCAUGCUGACAUUUUUAUUACUUAUUGAGUCAAACAUUGCUAAUUCAAUAAUAAUAUGCUUAGAACUAUGCUAAGAGCUUCUUAGUCAAAUAUCAUGUACUAAAAGUACUCAGGUAUAGUAAGUAUAUAUAAUCAUUUACUAAAGUCCGCAAUAUUUCCCAUGUACACAAAGCGAACAUUAAUUUCAAACUUAAUAAGUAAACUUAGCACCAAUUGCUAUUUUUAAUAUGUUACUAGUUUUAAAGCUCAUUGGUCUAUAUCCUAUAUCUGAAAUUAAUCGUACAAGCUUGUAAGAUCAGAAUAUUCUCAACUUGGGCCAAAUUAUAUAAUGAAAUUAUAUUUAAUUAUGUGUGUUUUGCAUGAAGCUUCAAAUAUUAUGUUCACAACAUUUUUAUACCUAUUAUAUUAUUCCGUAUUGUAUAUUUAGGUAUUAUAUUUUGCUGAUGUACGCAGA